AUGACGGAUCGUGCAUUAAGCCGACUUCUUCUUAAUAAAACUAAAUGUGCUCACGCAGGUGUUCAUUUACCUUCGUACGAACGUCAUCAACUCAAACAUGGUAUUGUGCAUCUAAGUGUUGGUAACUUUCAUCGUUCACAUCUCGCAUAUUAUAUGGAUAUAUUAGCAAGUGAAUAUCACCAGACCGAAUGGGGAAUCAUCGGUAUUGGCGUACGCUCUGUUGAUAAACCGAUGAGUACAGUAAUGAAAUCUCAACAUGGUUUGUACACGUUAGUAACAAAAGGAAAUACUGAACAAGAUUGUCAUGCUCGAAUUAUCGGCUCAAUGUUGGAGUAUAUCUUCGCACCGGAUGAACCUGAACGUGCACUAGCAACGUUGGUUCAUCCAAACACAAAAAUUGUCUCAAUGACUAUUACUGUUCGUGGUUAUGAUUUAGAUAUGAAUGAUCCUGAUAUUCAGUACGAUUUAAUGAAUUUCGACAGACCAAAGACAAUCUUUGGAUUUCUUGUCCAUGCAUUAAACAUACGAUGUCAAAAUAAUGAAAAACCUUUUACAAUUCUUUCUUGUGAUAAUGUUCAACACAAUGGUCAUGUAACAAAAAGUUGUAUUCUAAAAUUUGCAAAAGCGUUGAACAAUUUCGAAUUACUUGAAUAUAUCGAAACAAAAGUGACCUUUCCAAAUACCAUGGUUGAUCGAAUAACUCCAGUCACGACCGAUGAGGAUCGCGAGUAUGUUCGAUUAAACUACGGCAUUGAUGAUGGAUGGCCAGUGAUAUCAGAAGAUUUCAUUCAAUGGGUGGUUGAAGACACAUUUUGUAAUGAUAGACCACCAUUAGAAUAUCUGUCUUUGUCUCCUUACAACGUUCUUCUUACCGAUCAUGUUGACGUAUAUGAAUGUAUGAAAAUGCGUCUUCUCAAUGCUUCCCAUACUGCCAUGGCAUCUCUCGGUUAUUUAAUAGGUUACACUUACAUUCAUGAGAUCAUAUCUGAUCAACAUGUUCAAUAUUAUAUCAAACAGUUAAUGGAUAGAGAAAUAACACCAACGUUACAGCCAGUGCCUGGCAUUGAUUUUGACAAGUACAAACAAAUAUUAAUCGAACGUUUUGCAAAUCCGCAUAUAAGAGAUAAUGCAUCGAGAAUAUGCAUGGACGGUGCAUCGAAAUUUCCGAAAUUUAUCGUACCAACUAUUCAAGAACAAUUUAAACGGGGAAAUCAGCCACACUAUUGUGCACUAGCCAUUGCAGCUUGGAUAAGAUAUCUUGGAGGAUAUGACGAACAGAAGAAACCGAUUCAAUUACAAGAUUCGCUAGCAGUGGAGCACAGACUAGAUCGAUUAGCUGCAAGAGAUGUAUUGGAUAUCAAACAAAUUCUAGAUGUUUCACAGAUAUUUGGUGAUAUUGGUAAAAAUCAACAAUUUACUGACACUAUUGAACGCCUGGUCGAACUAUUUUAUAAGAUUGGAGCCAAGGAUACUCUGAAAAAGUGGAUCAAUGAUGCUUCAAAUAGUGAAUAG